AUGGCCCAAUACGUCCCACUAAGGAAACCGCUGCGUCAGAGGCCGGAGUCAUCGCAUGUCUCUGGUACCAAGAGAACAGAAUGGGGUUUGCCGGUUGGCUUGAUUGGGUUGAUCCGCAACCAACUUACGAUUUCCUCAUGGCUUGCUCUGGGCGGCUGUCUCCAGUGCCUGCUUUUCCUUGUCGGUGGUCGCAUCGCGUUUGUGCCCGCUUUUCUACUCAUCUUUUAUCGUAUCGUCGACGCUGCCCUGAUGACCAAGGGCCUGAAGCCGAAUCCGGCUUUGAAUGAUGUGAUCUUCAACAAGUUUGCUGUGCACUACCCUGACUCCGAGGGCAAGUUCGGAGGCAAACCUGCCAACAAGGACAUUGUCGUUUUCCACAUUGGUGCCAGAAAUAAUCAUCCUCUCGGCAUGUUUGCGCCCGGUUUUAAGGAGCUUGGCGAUUAUUUCGAUAAUAUGGCCAAAGAUAUUGAGAAACGUUCCGAGGAGUACGGACUUAUGGGGAUUACCUCCUAUACGGCUGCCAAUGAGACAGCAACUAAUAAUGAGAUUAUGACGGUCAUGUUCUUCGAGAACUUUGAGGGACUCCAAAAGUUUGCCCACGAUCCUUUGCACCGCGAAGCCUGGAACUGGUGGAACCGUAAAGUGAACAGCUUGAAGCAUAUCAGCAUCUGGCAUGAGGUUUUCCGCUGCCCGGCCGGCAACUGGGAGGGCAUCUAUGUCAACUCGCACCCUCGCGGUCUUGCCGCAACAACGGUCCCGCUUACGCUUGAGAAGGACAACGAAGAGCUGGGCGUCAAGGCCGGCGAGAAAGCGCAUUACUACCCCAUCGUGGAUGCCCGCAAGGGUCUUCUGAAGACCAGUGCAGGCCGCAUGUCAGCCACUGGAUCAGACGCCAAGGAGCAUGAGAAGUACAACGAUGACCCAUACGAGAACUACGGUCGUCUGAAUGCCGUCUGA